CUAUUUUCACAAAUCUUUGAGCUCUUUUCGACAUAUCAGCAUUUAGAUCUAAGAAUUUCACCAAACCAAGAUGGUCCAAGGCAGGGUUUUGAUCAUUGCCGGGUCAGAUCCCUCUGGAGGGGCUGGCCUGGAAGCAGACCAAAAAGUCCUCGCCGCACAUGGCUGCUACGCAAUGACCUCAACGACGGCGCUCACAGUACAGAAUACCAAGGGCGUGACAGGCGUACAUGUCAUACCCUCUGAUUUCGUGGGAAGGCAGAUCGAAGCGUGCCUUGAGGAUGUAGGGGCUGACGUGAUCAAAACGGGAAUGUUGGCAUCUGCAGAGACAAUCGAAGUCAUUGCAAAAUUAGUGACCAAGUUCAACGUCCCGACUCUAGUAAUCGAUCCGGUCAUGGUCUCAACAUCAGGCGCUCAGCUCCUCCCUCAUGAAGCCAUCGCGCAACUAUCUCAGCAUCUCCUCCCUCACACCACUAUCCUCACGCCCAACAUCCCAGAAGCCACCCUCCUCUUGACGCAGAAUGGCCACGAAGUUGGCGAGAUUCGGUCCGUCAGCGAUGUUGAAGCCAUGGGACGCAAGAUUCAAAAACUAGGGCCUAAAUGGGUUCUAGUCAAAGGAGGCCAUAUGCCAUUCCGCAAGGACUUGACAGUAGCCAAGACAGAUGAAGAGAAGGAAACUGUUGUCGACAUCCUCAUUGGUCCCGAGGGAAGCGUACUGCGAGUGCAGAGUCCCUAUCAAAAGAGCACAAGCACUCACGGAACUGGCUGCUCUCUAGCCUCCGCCAUUGCAGCUCGUGUCUCCCAAGGCGCCGACAUGCCCACCGCUGUCCGCGGCGCCUGUCGAUACAUCGAAUCAGGCAUCAAGACGGCGCCCAAGCUUGGCAAUGGCAAUGGGCCGCUCGAUCACUUCCACUCGACAUAUAUUCUUCCUUUCUCUCCAGGAUACUUUGUUGAGUAUUUACUAGAACACCCAGCUGUUCGCGACGUGUGGAGCGAGUUUGUCUACCAUCCCUUCGUCAUGGCCUUGGGCAACGGAACACUGCCAGUUGAGUCGUUUAAGGGCUACAUCGUUCAAGAUUAUCUUUAUUUAGUUCACUUUUCCAGAGCGAAUGCGCUUGCAGCAUACAAAGCAAAGACCAUCGGUGAUAUAUCAAGAUCAAACGAAAUCGUCACCCACAUUCUCCACGAAAUGAAGCUUCACAUCAACUACUGCAACUCCUUCGGCAUAUCCGAGCCAGAGAUUCAAGCAACACAAGAACUCCAAGCCUGCACCGCAUAUACCCGCUACGUCCUCGACAUUGGCCAAAGCGAAGACUGGCUCGCCCUCCAAAUGGCCCUCGCGCCAUGCCUCCUCGGCUACGGCGCCGUCGCCAAGAUGCUCCACGCGCACGAUGAUACGGUCCGCGACGGAAACACUUACUGGCCUUGGAUUGAGAACUACAAUGCGGAUGACUAUGUCGAGGCGGUAAGAUUAGGAAGCGAACUCCUUGAGCAUAGCAUUCGGCUGCAGUCACCUAGUCGGAUAGAAGAGCUAAUCAAGAUUUUUGUACACGCCACAAAGAUGGAGAUUGGAUUCUGGGAGAUGUUCCCAUACAAAUAGGGGAUAAAUAGAAAUAUGUAGACUUUUUAUUUGUACUCUGAUAUGAACACAUAGAAGCGACUACGAUCAGAUAGAUCUGUUAGAACUGAGUGAUUAUAUAUGGCUUCAGUAACAACCGAAUUCUCCCCAGAGAUUAUGUCGAAAAGGUUGCUUUUAAAAAUCCAUUUCUAUUCCUUAUGCACAAACUCCGUCGCUCUCGCUUCUCCCGCUAGAACAAAACAGCAAAUCACACGCUAUGCAGCAUCUCAUUUCCCCUUCCACAGCGAGGAAUCAACUCUCCUCGGCACCUCCCCGUCAGGCAUCAUCAUAUCAAAUCCUUGCUCUGGCAAAGGUGUCGGCAUCCCACGGUCUUCACUCCUCCUCGCCGCGGAUCGCUGCU